AAAAUCCACAUAGAUAGAUGAAUGCAGGUGAGAGAUGACACAGCUGCACGCGCUGAGCGCAAAAGCUGCUGAGAUUUAAACGCGCGCGCACAGUCACGACUGACAGACACUUUAAAGACUGACACAUGCGACAAACGCGCAACUUUAUUCAAUAAACUUCAUCUGUGGAGCAUCGCAACAAUGAAAAAACUCAGUCCAUUCAAUAAUUUUUCCCAUUUGAUAUCAAAGUCGUGUGAUAAUGGUGAGGAAGUUUGUAUGGACGACUGUGGACCUGUGUGUCACUGCGGCCCGGAACCUUGCGCUUGUCCUUUCACACAAAAAACUCAAGAUGGAUUUAAGGAGAAUAAGGAGAAUAGAGGUCCAUGUGAGGCCUGGACACCUCAGCAACAUGCUUUUGAUAAUCUUGCUUAUGAACAAGGGGGUCCCAACGAAUUGAAGCCCAGUUUGGGACACCUUUCCCGUAUCACUCUUCACAUCACAGGGCUGACCUCUGACCCUAGCUCUAUCCAGGCUCUUUAUGCAAAGAUCUCACGUCUCAAUGGCGUAAAAGCUGUAUCAAUACAGUCUGAAGACCUUUGCAUCGUCAACUUCAACCCGUCUGAUAUUACCUCUAGGAAAAUUCUCCAAGAGGUCCAUAUGUUGGGGUAUGGAGUGCGGGAAGUGGCGACCCGACCUGUGGAGAUGGUGGACAAGGAAAGUGAGGUGAGGAUGAAUGUACAGGGAAUGACCUGUCAAUCAUGUGUCAGAUCUAUUGAAGCACGGAUUGGAAAUCUUCAAGGUGUUAUUGGCGUCAAGGUGUCUUUAAGUGAUAAAGAAGUUUCUGUGAGGUUUAACCCUGUAGAGUUGACAUCUGAGAUUUUGAAGGAAAACAUUGAGGACAUGGGGUUCGAUGCCACAAUUCUACACGGUUCUAGUCAACUACAGCCUUCAGGAACAGGGACCUGCGCUGCUCGGAUCUCGGAUUGGUCUGAGGUGACACUGGGUGUCAAAGGGAUGCAUUGUGGAUCAUGUGUUAAGAACAUAACUGCGACUUUGUCGGGAAUGUUAGGAGUCAACUCUGUAUUUGUGUCAUUGGAAAAGGGAAGCGUGGAUCUUAGAUUUGACCCAUCUCUGCUAACUCUGGAUACCGUUAAAGGCUUAUUGGAGGAAAUACCACCUGGAAAUUUUAGGGUUUCUAUUCCUGGUUGGAGUUGUGAAUCCAGGUCCAAUUUCUCGGUUAGUGUCCAAACACAAAGUGUCGUCGUUGGAAUAGGAGGAAUGACAUGCAGCUCUUGUGUUCAGGCCAUUGAGGGAAGGAUGUCGAAGAUAGCUGGGGUACAUUCCAUAAAAGUUGACUUACAGGAAAAGAAGGGAAUUAUAACAUUUGACCCAAGCGUGACCUGUUCAGAAGACUUACGGGAAGCAAUUGAGGACAUGGGAUUUGAAGCAUGCUUGCAACAAGAUUCAUCAAACAGGCUGAAAUCUUCACAUUUCACCAGCGCAGAAAACCCUGGUUGCUCUGAGGUGAGAGAAACACAUAAAUGUUUUAUCCAUGUGACAGGCAUGACCUGUGCUUCUUGUGUGGGCAACAUCGAAAGAAACCUGUUGAAACAUGAAGGUAUUAAAUCAGUAUUGGUUGCCCUGAUUGCUGGGAAGGCAGAGGUGAGAUAUGAUACGGGAAUUUUGGACCCAUCACGGAUCGCACAGCUUAUCUCUGACCUGGGUUUCGGAGCGUCUGUAAUGGAAGAGAACACAGGCCAGGAUGGGAUCUUGGAUCUUUCUGUCACCGGUAUGACAUGUGCUUCCUGCGUCCAUAACAUCCAAAACAAACUUUUAAGGACAGAGGGAAUUCUGGAAGCCUCCGUUGCCUUGGCAACAAACAAAGCUCAUGUGAAGUUCGACCCAGAUUUAGUAGGCUCUCGAGAUAUCAUCAGAAUCAUUGAGGGUUUGGGUUUUGGAGUGUCUUUGAUAAAAAAUAACGGAUUUGGGAAGGACAACAAGUUGGACCACCAAGAGGAGAUUCGACAGUGGAAGCAUUCGUUUCUGUUCAGCCUUGUGUUUGGGAUUCCAGUUAUGGGUCUGAUGAUCUACAUGAUGGUUAUGGACAGUCAACACAAGGAACACGGUGGCUCCAUGCCUGUGGAUCAAAACAUCCUGCCUGGUCUCUCCAUCAUUAACUUGGCCUUCUUUCUGCUCUGCACACCUGUUCAGUUUCUAGGUGGUCGUUACUUCUACAUACAAGCUUAUCGUUCGCUACGGCACGGCGUUGCCAACAUGGACGUGUUAAUUGUGUUGGCAACCACCAUUGCGUAUGUUUACUCCUGCAUAGUGCUCAUUGUAGCCAUGAUCGAAGAAGCCGAACAAAGCCCCCUCACGUUUUUUGAUACGCCUCCGAUGCUUUUUGUAUUCAUCGCUUUGGGGCGCUGGUUAGAGCAUGUUGCUAAGAGUAAAACUUCUGAAGCUCUGGCAAAGCUCAUGUCUCUCCAAGCUACAGAUGCCACUAUAGUGUCCCUGGGCCCUCACAACACAAUCAUCAGAGAGGAGCAGGUGUCUGUGGAGCUGGUGCAGAGGGGUGACGUGGUAAAGGUGGCACCAGGAGGAAAGUUCCCAGUCGAUGGAAAGGUGAUCGAAGGCACAUCCAUGGCAGAUGAGUCUCUUAUCACUGGUGAGCCAAUGCCAGUGAUUAAGAAAGCAGGCAGCUACGUGAUCGCUGGCUCUAUUAAUGCUCACGGUGCUUUGCUGGUGGAGGCCACGCAUGUGGGUGCAGAGACAACACUUUGCCAAAUAGUUAAACUAGUUGAAGAGGCUCAGACAUCAAAGGCACCAAUUCAGCAGUUAGCCGAUAAACUGAGUGGCUAUUUCGUUCCCUUCAUAGUUGUCAUCUCUGUGCUUACAGUGGUGGCGUGGCUUAUCAUUGGUUUUGUGGACUUUGAUAUAGUGGCAAACUAUUUUCCUGGUUACGACCCCAACAUCUCCAGAACAGAUGUGAUCGUCCGGUUUGCCUUUCAAGCCUCCAUCACUGUCCUGUCCAUCGCGUGUCCCUGUUCUCUGGGUCUAGCGACUCCGACUGCAGUUAUGGUUGGCACUGGCGUGGGCGCCCAGAAUGGCAUUCUUAUAAAGGGAGGAGAACCUCUUGAGAUGGCCCACAAGGUUCGGGCUGUUAUGUUUGAUAAGACAGGCACCAUCACUAAUGGGGUGCCGCAGGUGACUAGAGUGCUGGUGUUGUGGGACCGAGCAAAGCUUCCUCUGCGGAUGGUUCUGGCUGUGGUGGGGACCGCCGAGGCGAGCAGUGAACACCCGUUGGGCAUGUCUGUCACCAAGUAUUGCAAGGAGGAGUUGGGUUCAGAAACCCUAGGCUACUGUCAUGACUUCCAGGCCGUUCCUGGCUGUGGAAUCAGUUGUAAAGUCUCCAACAUCGAGGAUCUGCUGCAGAACAGCCCGAAGACACAUCAUACCCCUAAAGCAAAACACACAGCACAUCUACUCACCCUCCAAGGAGCCACCACAGAUGAGAGCAGCCUGGUGGCAGAUACACAGUCUGGGUCAGACAGCCCCACAUACUCAGUUUUGAUCGGGAACAGACAGUGGAUGAUGAGAAAUGGUUUGGAGGUCACAGCCGAUGUGGAUGAUGCCAUGAGCAGUCAUGAGACUAAAGGACAGACUGCUAUCCUGGUGGCCAUCGAUGGCGUCCUGUGUGCUAUGUUAGCCAUCGCGGAUACAGUGAAGGCAGAGUCGGCUCUGGCUGUUCGUACGUUGAGCAGUAUGGGAAUAGAGGUCUUCAUGAUCACAGGAGACAAUAGACGCACAGCCCGGGCCAUUGCCACACAGGUGGGUAUCAAGAUGGUGUUUGCAGAGGUCUUGCCUUCACAUAAAGUAGCAAAGGUUCAAGAGCUGCAGGAAAGAGGUCUUAAAGUUGCAAUGGUUGGUGACGGGGUUAACGACUCGCCCGCUCUCGCUCAUGCCGAUCUGGGUAUCGCCAUAGGAACAGGCACUGAUGUUGCUAUAGAGGCAGCAGAUAUCGUUUUAAUACGGAAUGAUUUGAUGGACGUUGUGGCCAGCAUCGAGCUGUCUAAAAAGACUGUGCAGAGAAUCAGGAUUAACUUUGUGUUUGCUCUCAUUUACAACCUGUUUGGCAUUCCUAUUGCAGCAGGUGUCUUUAUGCCUGUUGGACUGGUGCUCCAGCCCUGGAUGGGUUCUGCUGCGAUGGCAGCAUCGUCUGUCUCAGUGGUGCUCUCCUCUCUGCUGCUGAGGCUCUACAAGAAGACAUCAGUAGAUGAAUAUGAGUCGAGAGUUCAGGGUCAUAAACUCAGUCUGAAUCCGUCUGAUGUCAGCACCCACGUGGGAAUGGAAACCCAUCGUUGCAGCCCUCUAUCCUUUCACCGGGGCUGGGACAGACGUAGGCGGAGCUAUUCUAGCUCAGACUCCUCCUCUCUUAACACAAACUCCUCCCACCUAACUACAGCACAGUACUCUCAACUAGACCAUAAUGUGUCAAAGCGGAGCUUCGUCGUAUAGAUCUGACCAGGAAUAUACAGUAUGGCCAGGUUAAAUACAACUUUUAGGGUAUGUAUUUCUAUUAAAAUAAAACAUUUUAAUGGUAUUUAAUGGUUAUAACAGGACUGCUAUGGAUAAUUAGGUAGCUUUUUAAUUGAAUCCAAAGAUUUCUGUAGUUUCCCAGUCUUAUAUACCUCAUAGAUGUGCCAUUAAAGGGAUCGUUCACAUUUACUCACCCUCAUGUUGUUUGAAACCUGUAGAAAUAAUUUGUAUAGAUAUUUGUAAUCAUGCAGGAAGCAGGAGCACCACUGACUUCCAUAGAAGGAUAAAAGUACUAUGGUAGUCCAUGGUGCUUCAAAACUGUUUGGUUUCAAGCAUUGUGCAAAAUAUCUUCCUUUGUGUUCAGCAGAACAAAGACACUCAAGGGGAUCGCACACCGGCCGCGGAGCUCAGCGUCGCGCCGAGUCGCGUCUAGGACAACUCGGAGGUAUUGUAAACCGGAAGUGCACAUUAAAUAGCGCGAGCUUCGUCAGAUAGCGUCUACUUCAAAAUGCAAAAUAUACGUUAGCAGCCAAUGUUAAUCGUUAAUGAUUUUGGACAUAUAUUAUGUUAUUUAAUGUUAAACUAUGUGAGUGGCGCUGUGUGGCGCGACAGGGAUUUGAGCAACUUCCUGAGUCACAGCUGGGUGGCGCCGGUGUGCGUAUACUCAUACAAAACAAUGUGUUUGAUUUUUUUAGAGCGGCGUGGCGCUGCCGUUGUGCGAUCCCCUUCACACAAGUUUAUAACAACAUGAGGGUGACUAAAUGACGACAGAAUUUUCAUUUUAUAUCCCGUUAGGAUAUCCCUCUAGGUUUUUACGGAGUGUCUGUAGGUGAAAAUAUUACAUUUAAAAAAAUUGUUAUAGCAGUUUACAUUUAUUGUAAUAAAUAAAAAUAAUGCAAUAAAGUAUAUAUUUUAUACAUAAAAUUAUAAAAACGAAAAUGAAGAGUUUUGUUGCAAAACUAUAUAACGUUUUUUUUUAAUUGAUCAGAAAUUUCGUUUUUUGGUUGUGCAUUCCAAUUAAUAUCAAUUCAGCUGCAGUUGGUUUGUUUUGAUUUAAACCUUCAUAACUUAAAAAUACAGCUAAGUAGCACCAUAAAACAUUGACAAUAAUAACAUGAAAACAUAAUAAUAAACAUGUUUUUAAAAAAUGGAUUUAUCUCGUUUUGCGAUGAAACUCUUCAAAUGUUUAAUGUCAACAUUCUACAAAAUGUAAGACAUAAGUCUAAAAUAGUUGUAAUCCAAAUUUCAAGUGAAAAUAAAAAAUAGGUUCACACUUUUAGUGGAUUUACCAACAAUGGCCACUAGGUGUCAACAGUUUGCUGCAUACUCUUUUGUCACAAAUUAAUAAAUUACUGUCAUUGCCUUAUUAUUACUGCUAAAAGGUUUUGAAAUAUAAAAACUACUACUAGAGCUUUCCAAUGAUAUAUGGUUUGUCAACAUUUAUGAAGAUUUUUAAUAGGAUAUAGUGUUAUAAAUAUAUAGUACAUGAGUAUGAAUAUGAGUAUGCAGUCCUAUGUCUUAUGUACCUCAUAGAUGUGCUGUUAAAGGGAUCGUUCACAUUUACUCAACCCUCAUGUUGUUUGAAACCCGUAGAAAUAACUGUAUAGACAUUUGUAAUCAAGACGAAAAGCCAUUGUCUUCCAUAGUAGGAUAAAAGUACUAUGGUAGUCAAUCAUGCUCCAAAAUGGGUUUUUUUCAAGCAUUGUGCAAAAUAUCUUCCUUUGUGUUCAGCAGAACAAAGACACUCACACAGGUAUAUAACAACAUGAGGGUGAGUUAAUGAUACAGAAUUUUCAUUUUAUAUCCCGUUAGGUGUCCCUCUAGAUAAAUAUUACAUUUAAAAAAUUGUUAUAGCACUUUACAUUUAUUGUAAUAAAUUAAAAUAAUGCAAUAAAGUAUAUAUUUUAUACAAAAAAAUGUAAAAAAUGAAAAUGUUUCAUGUCAACAUGCUACAAAAUUUCAGACAUAAGUAAUUUAAGACUAGUUGUAAUCCAAAUUUCAAGUUUGGAUCACUUUUUAGUGGAUUUACCAACAAUGGCCACUAGGUGUCAAUGGUUUGCUGCAUACUCUUGUCACAAAUUAAUAAAUUACUGUCAUUACUGGAGCUUUUCAAUGAAAUUUGUUUUGUCAACAUUUAUGAAGAUUUUAAUAGAAUAUAGUGUUAUAAAUAUAUAGCACAUGAGUAUGCAGUCCUUUGGGGGGAUUAUGUAACAAAAAACUGUCAUUACAUUAUUUCUAUAGUGCUUUGUAUAAAAACAAAUUUGGUGCACCUGUGCCCCAGUGACAAUUUAGAAACUGACUCUCACUAUGUCAUAAUUUUCCCAAAAUGGUGAUGAAAUAUGAAAACUACACUCUUAGAGCUUUCAAACGAUGUAUAGUUAGUUUGCCAUUAGAUAAGAAUUUACAUGCAAAACACUGAAGUAAACGUAGAUGUCCCUUUGGCGGGACAGGGACAUUUAGCAGGGUAUAAAUUAGCCAGUUAAGGGGCUAAGUAGCUUUGGAUUGAAUCCCCCUGGUUGAUCACUGAUCAUGACGUGCUGAGAAAAAAUGAAACUUUAUUGCACUUAUUACUGUAGCUGAGAUGAUUCACAGUGAGUUAAAAUAAGUUGCAAUAAAUUACUAAAAGCAUUUGUUGGGUUGGCAAACCAUUAAGACACACUGCGCCUGCAGUGAUUAAACAGACAGUAAAUGAUUGGGAUAACAGAUGUUCACAAUGGCUAAAGUGUAAAAGACAUGCUGUACAUCCCAAUAAAUGCAAAAGCAUCUUAACAGUGACAAUUUUAUAAAAAAAAAUGUUUGUUU